AUGGUGGCGCGUGCGCUGCAUACCUUUCAGGCGAGUCAGGGCGGGCAGCUGUCCUUUGCCGCCAACGACCUGCUCCUGCUGCACUCGGCUGUGGGACAGUGGUGGGAGGCAUCGCUGAGAGAGGCAAAGGGCCUGGUGCCUGCAAACUAUCUGACUUUAGCCACUCCGCCAGAUGGGGCUUCCUUUGCCAUCGCACAGUAUGCCUUCUCCGCCCAACGCGUGGGCCAGAUCAACAUGGUCAAGGGCGAGGUCAUGACCGUCACAGACGCAACCGGCAGGUGGUGGACUGCCUUUGGCGCAGAUGGCAUCGAGGGCCAUGUCCCUUCGAACUUUCUCGACCUCAUUGGUUCCAUGCCUGUGUCUCCGGAUGCCACUGCUGCCACUGCCACUGCUGCUGCUGCUGCUGCUGCUGCUGCUGCUGCUGUCGUAGAGGCUGAUCAGGACCGAGGCGCUAGUGCUGAGGCCGAGGCCGAGGCUGACGGCGAGGCUGGGGGCGAGGCCGAGGCUGGGGACGAGGCCGAGGCCGAGUACGAAUACGAAGAAGUCGUCGAGUACGUCGAGGUCGAGGCAAGCGACGAUGGUGAGGCCGAGGCAAGCGCUGAUGGGAGCGGGAGCAGCGACGCAAGCGAGGAUGGGCGGCCGCAGCUCGAGACGACGGCGCUGUCGGCGGUCGCGCCGUCGGUGGUCGCGCCGUCAGGGUACACGGUCCGGGCGCUCGACGACUAUGAGCCGCUGUCGAGUGGGCAUCUUUUUUUUGAAAAGGGUGAUCUGCUGACAAUCACGUCGAGGAUCUCGUCGCAAUGGCUCAUGGGCUCGGUGGUCGGCAUUCCUGGCGAGGGUCGCAUCCCGUCAUCGCUAGUCGUUGAGAUUGCCCACGAGCCCGCAGCCGACGUUUCGCAGCCGACCACCGACUUUUUCAAGUCGGAUCCUGACUCGAUGCUCACAGAGUUCAAGUCUGAGUUUGGGGCAGAGACCACCGAGUGCAACGACGACGCAGCGAGCGUUGGCAGCGAUUGCGGCCAGGUGGACGAGCCACAAAGAGACGACAGAGCCGAUGCAGGCUCUGAUGACCAGGCGGCGGCGCAGGCGUCUGGCGAGUCGAUGGUCUUGAUCGACAUCGGCACUGACGGCGACUCGGUUGCGUCAUACGUUCACGCGCUGCUGGACAACAGCGACGACGACACGGCACACGAUGUCGACAACAUGUCGGGUGACGGUGAUGGUGGUGAUGUGUUUGGCUCGCGGUCGGCGUCGGCAUCACGCUCGCGCUCGCGCUCGCGUUCACGUUCGCGGUCGGCAUCACGCUCGCGGGCGGCUGCCGAGGGUAAGGCAGUGACUCCAGACGAGCCGCCGCCAUCGGCGGCGGCAACAGCGAUGGCGCUGAGGAUGAAGCGGCGGCAGUCGACUCCGGCUGUGGUGGGACGGCCAGACGACAAGUCGCGCAUGCUCGACUCGAUGCAAGCCGAGUCAAGCCCGAGCCUGGUGCGGCGGCGAUCCAAGUCGCAGGCGCAAAAGGACGGCGAGGCUCGGCGGCAGAAGCGAGCAGUAGGCUCGCGGUCGCGGUCGCGGUCGCAAGCCGGAGGCAGCCCGCGCACUGAAGCAUCAAGGGUAUCAGGGAGCAUGUCGGAGACGCAACUUGUGCCGAGCAUGGACACUGAGCUCGUUCAAACAUUCCUGGCGCGCGAGAAGGAGGCUGAGGGCCGGGAGCGUGCACUGAUGAAGCGCAUUGCCGAGUUGGAACGGGCCAACGCCAAGCUGGAGGCGCAGCUCGAGCUGGAGCGCGAGCGCGUAGCGCUCAUGGCCAACUCGGCAUCGGCGACCAACCUCGCGCUGGCCGAGGCGCCAUCGGCCGCGCUACGAGCACGAGCUAAAGCGGCCAAAAAGCGCAAUGUCGAGCUGAUGGUCGAGGUCCGUGAGCUCAAGCUGCAGCUCGCCGACAAAGACGCCGAGCUCGCCGAGGCGCACGCGCUCAUCGCGUCGAUGGACUUCCAUGGCGUGAGCCAACGGGCUAACAUCGCCAUGCUGGAGACGGCGCUGCGGCAUCCUGGGGCGCGCCCGCUCGAGCCGCUGCUGGCCGGCGGCGCAUCGCGGGCUGAGGCUCGCCAAUCGAACCGCGCCGCGUCUUCGCCGACGGCAAGCACCCAGGCAUCGGCAUCGCCCCGGCCGCCGGCGCCGCCGUCCGAGGAGCAGGUCCUCGCCCUCAAGAUCGAGCUCGAGGGCAAGCACCGGGCGGCGCUGCUGGACAUCCAGGGCGCGUACGAGCACCUGCUCGCGCGAGCCAAGGCCAAGAUCAAGACGGCGCAGAUGGAAAAGUCGACCGUGGUCUCGCAGCUUGCCUCGCGCCAGCAGCAGCUGGAGAUGGAACUGGUGGCCAAGCGCCAACUGAUGGGCCAGCUGGAGGUAUCGACCCGGACGAUCCGCAGCCUGAAGAGCUUGCUGUUCUCCAUCCACGACCAGAUGGAGCUCAAGCUGAACCAGGCAGUCAACCUGCGAUCGCAUCUUGCACCGCGGGUGCCGUUUGAACGGCGGUGAGCAAGGCUGCAGAGUGUAGAGUCCGUUUACAGCGGCGAUAGGUGUGGUGGUGAGGAGGAGGGGGGGAGCGACAAGAGUGAGGCGCAGUGACUGCAGAGGCCAAGCGAGCGUGAGCCCGGCGAGCAGCGACGGUGCCAGAGAGGAGAGCGCUGAUGAUCAGAACGAGGGG